GAAACAAUACAGGCGUGUAGGUGUCCGUUGACUUCGCCUGACUGAAAUCCCCACCGCGACUCCUGACAGCUCGAGAGAUCUCCGUCGGUCAUUCAUUCCGUGUUUUCUCGAUUUCUCUCCGCAGUAGUCUACAGCACCGGCUGCAGUAUGUUCGAGGAGGCCAGUGAGGUGUUGGAGAACAUGCUGAAGUGGUCCCUGCCGCUGAGUUUGGUGCUGUUUCUGGUGCUGCUGCGGGCGGAAGCGGCGCAUGAGUUCAGCGUGUACCGCAUGCAGCAGUACGACCUGCAGGGACAGACCUACGGUUCCCGUAACGCCAUUUUAAACACAGAGGCUCGUACGGUGGAGGCCGAGGUGCUCAGCCGUCGAUGUGUGAUGAUGCGACUCGCCGAUUUCUCUUACGAGAAAUAUCAGAAAGCCCUGCAACAGUCAGCGGGGGCCGUGGUCAUCAUACUGCCCCAGAACAUGUCCACUAUGCCGCAGGACAUAGUGCAGCAGUUCAUGGAGCUGGAGCCGGAGCUGCUGGCCACAGAGACCAUCGUGCCUGUGUACUUUGCUCUGGAGGACGAGGAGCUGCUGUCCAUCUACACACAGACACAGAUCUCCUCUUCCUCACAGGGGUCUUCAUCAGCUGCUGAAGUGCUGCUGCAUACAGCGACAGCUAACGGUUUUCAGAUGGUGACCAGUGGAGCUCAGAGUAAAGCUGUCAGUGAUUGGGCCAUUACUAGUCUAGAGGGUCGUCUCACAGGUGCGGGAGAAGAUCUGCCCACUAUUGUCCUGGUGGCUCACUACGACUCUUUUGGAGUUGCUCCGUGGCUGUCGUAUGGCGCAGACUCAAACGGGAGCGGCGUCGCUAUACUGCUGGAGCUCGCAAGACUGUUUUCUAGACUCUAUUCCUACAAACGCUCUCAUGCAGGUAGAUACAACCUGCUGUUUUUCUUGUCGGGAGGCGGGAAGUUUAACUACCAAGGCACUAAACGCUGGCUGGAAGACAACCUGGAUCACACAGAUUCCAGUCUGCUUCAGGACAACGUGGCGUUUGUUUUGUGUCUUGACACUCUGGGUAACGGCGACAACCUUUACCUGCACGUGUCCAAGCCUCCGAAAGAGGGAAGCCCACAACACAUCCUGCUCAAAGAGCUAGAGACUGUUGUGGCCCAUCAGCACCCUGAGCUGGAGUUCUCAAUGGUCCACAAGAAGAUCAACCUGGCUGAUGACACUUUGGCGUGGGAGCACGAGCGAUUCGGCAUCCGCCGCUUGCCCGCCUUCACCCUGUCCCACCUGGAGAGCCAUCGCAGCCCGGCGCGCCACUCCAUCAUGGACAAGCGGUCAGUGUCGUCCUCUCUGGAGGGGGCGGGAGAGGCCACCGCUGGGCCUCACGUGGAUCUGGCGAAGCUCAGUCGCAACACUAAAGUCAUCGCAGAAACGCUGGCGAGAGUCAUAUACAACCUGACGGAGAAGGGAGUCAGCGGAGACCUGGAGAUCUUCACUGAACAGAUGCAGGUGCAGGAGGAUCAGCUGGUGUCACUGCUGGACUGGCUGACCGCUCAACCGCGAGCCGCACAGCUGCUGGACAAAGACAGCAGCAUCGUCCACACGCUGGAGUAUUACCUCAACCACUAUCUGAAGGACGUCAAGAGACAUCUGGUCAGAGCCGAUAAGAGGGACCCCGAGUUUGUCUUUUAUGAUCAACUCAAGCAGACCAUGAAUGCUUAUAGGGUUAAACCGGCGAUCUUCGACCUGCUGCUAGCCUUCUGCAUCGCUUCUUAUCUCGGAGUGCUGUAUCUGGCCAUCCAGAAUUUUGGACUUCUGUACAGUUUCCUGCGCAGAGUCACGUCUCCUCGGGUCAAACAGCAUUAACCCCCAACCAUCUCUUCACACACACGCAAUACGAAGGGCCCCCGGGGGCCACAGCAGAGCCAAGAGUGUGUUUGCUUUCUUCAUUUCACUAGUUUGUCUGAUUGCUUUAGUUUUCUGAAGAAUGAAUGUUGAUUUCCCUGUCAAGAGUUUCAUCCACUACACCGCUAGCCUUUCAAGUCAUCCUCGUCUCAGCAUUGCCUCAAGUCCCACGACCUUAAAAAUACAAUAAGUAAUUGUUCAAAUGGAGUAGAUUUCAAUUUGAAUCACAAACAAAUCAGUUCCCAUCAUGAAAUGUGCACACUUGCAUCAAUUACGAUUGUACUUCUAAGCAGCGUUUCCUGAAAGCCUUUCCUCGUGUGAUUAUUCUUCACUGGCAGCUACUACAAAGUGGGCCAAAACCGUUGCUGGUUGAGAAGAAGUCUGUUGAUGCUCCUCAAUCUUCGUCAUGUGCUCACACGAGUCUGAACUCUCACUGCUGAUUCUCUUCUGAGAGAGUAUUAUAUAUAAAUGUAUAUAUAUAUAUAUCAAUUAUGUGAUGUUUGGAAACCUGGCUUUUCUUGUUUUGCAUAUUCUUUUAUCCUAAGGUUUGACAAAUAUGAAUUAUUCCCAUGAUUUUCAAGACAUUUUAUAACUCCCAUUUCUUUUUUCCUAAUACCACGUGUGGGUUUUGACAUCAGCUGUUCACUUCUGCUUUCGUUAAGGAAGCAGUGUGGCACAAAUGUGCUG